UGGCAGCAGAGGGGGGGAUAGGCUACAGCUGGAACUAUAUAACCCAGUUGGGACCAACAGAGCAAGUACAAGUCUUCUUUCCACCUGAGGAACCACUUCCAACAACAGCAUGAAGUGUAACCAUCUCCUGUCCUGGGCCUUCCUGCUUGUGGCCUCUGGCCCACUGCUUGCCCACCCCAUCACAGAAUCUGCUGAGAUGCCUUAUCCAGGACCUGUAUCAGUGGAGGACCGAGGAGUCGGCGCGCUGGAUGAUUUGGCUCUCUCUGAGCAAACAUUUCCACUUCAGGACGGUGCUGGUCUCAGAUAUUCCACUCUGAUAUCUGGAGAGAUCAACAAAGAUGGUGUCAGAACAACAGGCCUGCUUCCUAGGGGGAUGAGAAGAGAGCUCCUACUGGAGAAACAAAGUCUCCUAAAUCCUUUAAGCCAUGUGCUGGGCAUCCGGAAGCAGUUCAGGAAGAGAGCGGGGACUUCUGAGUGUUUCUGGAAGUACUGCGUCUAAAACUGCCAACGGGGCGUUGACGCCACACACGAGAGACAGGGCUUGCACUAAAACAAAAAAUCCCUAUCUUGCACUCACAUAAAUACAUGCAGACAAACUAAGAAACAUCAUACAUGCAUAUACUAUAUGUGUGCAUAUGCAUGCCCAGGUGCAUGUGCUCACACAUACACACUCACAUCCAUAAGCGCUGUCAGUAAUCGGACACAAACAGAACAAUGCCAUAGGUAUG